AUGAAAAGAUUGCCAAAUUUGUCGGCAUGCCCGAAGCUGCGCAUGCUCGGCAUCAAGGACAACAGCCUCAGCAGCUUGGACGGGUGCUUCAUGCCGGUCUGCCUGGAGUGGUUGAUUGCAGCAGGCAAUCAAAUCGAGGAGCUGCCAAACAUCCCGCGGCUUUGCAACAUACGCAAACUGAUGCUGAGCCACAACAAGCUGACCUGUGGGGCCCUGGCGCCAGUGGCCGAGAUAAAGUCUCUGGAGAUGAUCCGUGUUGCAGCAAAUGCUCUGGAGGCCUUCCCAGAAGCUUUGCUAAGGCAUCCCAACCUGGCUUGGUUGGCUGUGGGAGGCAACCCCUUUGCGGAAGAUGCGCUGAAGCGGCAUCUUGCCGAGGGACAAGAGAGCCUGGAUUUCAGCGAGGUGGACCUCGGAGAGAAGCUGGGAAGCGGAGCUGGAGCAACUGUCCAUGAGGGAGUUUGGCGAGACCAGAAAGUUGCUGUGAAGAUCUGGGAUUCCGAAUGUUUCUCGGAUGGAACAGCACGAACUGAAUGGGCUGCUAAUCGAGUGGCAUCCCAUCCUGGCCACCCAUGCCUGGUGGCAAUUCUUGGUACCUUUGAAGAGCCCCGCCGUGGCAUGGUCCUGGAGCUUCUGCCAGGCGCCAAAGCCGCCGCGGGCCCACCAACAUUCCAGACUGUGACGCGUGAUGCUCUGCCAUGUCAUGGGGGUCCCGGGCCCAUCUACUCCAUACCAGCUGCUCGCCGCAUUGCUACCAACGUUGCAGCUGCCGGCGCAUACCUACAUAGCAAGGGUCUGAUGCAUGGGGACAUCUACCUCCACAAUACCCUGGUGAUCCUAGAUGGUCCCAAGGACAGCUCCUCGGUCAAGGACGUGCGGCUCUCUGACUUUGGGGCUGCUGCAGCAGUAGAUGAUCCCGCCAUGAGAAGGUUGGAGGUCAGGAGUUUUGGCUGGCUGCUGCAAGACUUGCUGGAGAGCCAUGCAGAACCGCAGAAUGAAGGGGAAGCCUCAACCCUGGAGCUGAUAAAGGACAUUCGACAACGCUGCGCUAGCAGCGAUCCAUCUGAGUUGCCCUCAUUUGAUGAGAUUGUAGGCCAGCUAGGCUGA